AAGAUUAUGUGAUGAAUAUAGUGUUAAUGGUUCAUUGGACUUUUACCUGUAAUCCUUCUUACCUGUCCUCGGUCCGUCGGGUAUUGACCAAAGGUAAAUGGUGUAAGUCAGCCGGACAGCACCAUUAUACGUGUCAAUAACACAUGAACUGGGAGUAUUAAAGUUCCACUGACGCUGGAAAGUAAAGAUCGCCCGAUACUGGUGGACCGCGUUUGGUAUGUACUUUAAUGACAACCUAAGGCUUGGAGAACCAGUUUGUGACUUUGGAUAUGUGUACCAUUAAUACUGACAGACUAGUAAUAUCAAGUCCGUUCUAAAACAGUGACACGAUCAGCUUUCAGUAUUGACCUCGGUUGAGUGAUUUUACACGCUACCGUUGGGAGUUGAUGUUAAUAACUAUAGAACUGUUCUGUCAAUUAUUGCCAAUACACCUGGCCGAAGUAAGGCAAUCUAUCGGCAUGUAUGUAGACUGUUGUUCGCGAGUGUAAAUAGGAGAAAAUACAGGACCUAUACUCUAGGAGGCCAAACCUGGAUAACCCCCGUCUAAGACUCUGUGAUAAAAUUGUUGAAAUACGACAGUUUACUAUGACUGAGUGUGUUUAGGGAGAGUAAGGAGACUGGGCGGACCAACACACUGAAGCAAUAGGAGCCAGUCAUUGUUUACCUGUAAAGUAAGCCCCACUGAUGGAGGGGGCGGAGGACUCGCCCUUCACCCAGCAACCGAACCAGAAUGGCGAAGCCACUAUAGAGGAAAGAGAAGAACGGAAAGAUCAGAAACGGAAACGACGUAGAAAGUCUGAGAGGAGAAAGCAGUCAUCAAACGGGACCGGAGAGAAUCAAAAAGAUGAUUUUCCCGAGAAACACAGAAUUGAUGUAGAGGAAUUGAAAAGACGAAUGUCUGAGGAUUCGGAAAAAGGCACUGACCACAAUGGCCAUGAAGAAGAUAAACCUAGUUUGUCUCGGCUCCGACGGCGAGAGACACGGACGAGCCGAGCGUUUGACACCCUGUCGGAAUGUCGGAAGAUGUUCCGCCAAGAGAUGGCGCUGCUGGGAAAAGAGGUAGAACAGUUCCGGACCAUAUGUCAAAACCAGAUUUCAAAGUACAAGAGGCUUGUGUUAGAACACCAAGACCAGCAUCAGAAACAAAAGGAGGAUGGCAACACAUCCGAACAUGGAAGUUUGUCGAGGACAGUGUCCGCCGAGUCAGGUGACCGGGCGUGGGAGGAUAUGCUGUCCAUUCUACAAGUGGACAUGGAUUUCCUCAGUCGGAAACAGGCCGUUCUGGACAAAGAACAACAGAUGUUGGACAAGGAGGAGUCCCUGUCACAACGACAGAGGGAUCUAGAGGAAUACGAAAAAGAGAUUAACGAGAUUGAAAGGAUGUUGGACAGACGGCAGAACCUAUGUAACAAGCGCCAGAGAGAUCUAGCCAGUCUGGACGAUGAGCUGCUGGUGCUGAAGAGCGAUAUCAACACAACCAAAGACCAACUAGAAAGUCGAGGGAUCAAUACAGACUCCGCUUCUGAACGCGCCAAACACAACUGUAAAUGCUGUGCGAGAGUGGACAUUGUGAGGAAGAACCUGUUCGAGAAACAAACUUUCCUUGAGAACACAGUACAGAAGUACCGGACCGACCUAGCCACGGCUCAGUCGAAUAUCACCAGCAAAGACAUUCUCCUCAACAAACUACAGCAAGAGAUUGCUGAUUUAAAGGAUGAGAUGGACAAGAAAAAUAUUAAAAUGCACCAGUUGGAGAGCCAAUUGACUUUUACUCUGGAAGAAGCCAGAUCUUUGGAGAAGAAAUUUCAUCAGAUAUUACUUCAGAGCGAGUCGUCUAUUAUCAUUAACAAUCACCUAGAGCCGAGCCCAUCAACAAGUCCACAGAAACGGUUGUUAAAACGAGACUCGUCAAGGUCGCUGUUACAUUCUCCGCGUUCCACAGAGGACACGAAGGCGAAAAACAAAAUAGUGCGACAUCAUCCAAACUCUACACAAAAUAAUCACGACACUAAUCAAGAUGCCAGAUCUGCUAUUCUCAACGGCAAAAGUGCAUCCUGUGUUGUUAUGUAGCGCACUGUCUCAAGCAGUCAUAGUUUCUCAUGUUGCUCCUAGACAAAUCGCCAAAUAUCUUACAAUACAGCAACUUAUAGUGUAUUCAUGUCACAAUAACAUGUCCGUGACCUGUGCACCAUUGGUAAAAUCCUACAGCGAUUUUUGUCUGGAUGGACCAAACACUUCAUCAGCUGUUGCAUGUUACUGCCGAGAAUAUCUGGUGACUAGGUUCAGAUGAAAGUGUCUGUUUUAGUAGCUACAGUACCAGCAAAAUGUUGAAAUGUAUUUUGUUAUUGUUGAGGGCAUUUGGUUAUGGUUAUUCUUACUUUGUUUAUAAUACUGAGAAAGAGCAAGAGGGAGAGACAGAUGAAAAACGAGAUAGAGAGAGUGGGGGAGAGGAAGGGCAAGACAAAGAGAGACAGAGAGAGCGCACACAUACAAUAUACAACAAAUGAAUAAAAAAAUUAUGCAGAG